CCCAAAGCUAUCUGAAUUUAGGUUCCUGUGCUGUAGAUCGGUCGUGAUAAUCGUCAGUCAUGCCAGGUGCGGGCAAGCAUAAAUUCAAGAUGCUCCCGUCUCUUCUUCUUCACUCUGGUCGAACUUCAAACAUCAUCGCUCACAAUCAUCCUCCUCGACUUCCACAGCUCUGGAGCCCACCGAGAUGCGCAUCACAGCCAUCAUUCCCUUUCUGGCGCUAGCCUCCCACCCACUCACAGCAUGUGCUCAACGUUUAACAGGUAAAGUUGUGCUGGGAGCUGG